UUCACCUCAUUUACGAUUGCACAGUAUACGACUACGAAUCGAGCUUAUAUGGCACACAUUAUCGUGGUGCGCCGCGCGAACACAUCAUAUUACUAAUCAUUUUUGCUCCUAUAAAGAACAAAACUAAUUUUUUGAACUCGCGAAGAUUUUUUUAAGAAUUCCUCAGACAUCAUGUUCUUUUCCUUUUUAAAGUGACCAUAAUAAAAUUUUGGAAAGUCCAAAAAAUAAUUUAGAAUUGCGUCGGAAUUAUGACGUUAAAUAAAAAUUUAAGAACAGACAAGCUAUGACUGAUUUAAAGCAUCUGUACUUAAGUUAAAUCGUGGCAGUGUAAAUUAAGUGUUGUACAAAUUAACUCACAUCAUUUUUGUGAGUAGAUAUAUUUGAGUCAACAAUUAAUUGACUUAAAUAAGUCUGUGUGUCGCUUUUUUCGAGUUGGAUAACAAGUUUUUAUGUUUGUUAAAAAAAAAAUUCCUUGACUAAGAAUAAAAUUGAUCAAAACGGGUAAAGGUGUUUUGUUGUUGACAUUUUUUGCAAAAAGGCGUUUCGGUUUCUUUCAACUUAUUUAUUGAAUUCUAAAAAUAAUAAACAAAAGAAAUUAUAAAAAUCGUGUUGUGUAUUAAAAAUUGUAUGAAAGAUACUUUUUGAAAUGAAGCUUUUGUUAAAAGUCAAUUCGGAGAAAAGGCGAAAUAAUCAACGUAACAGGAGCCCACAGCCUCCACCAAGAGAACGUAUCACAAAUAAUCGUCACACAGCCACUGCAACCUCAAUUCAAACAAUAUCAACAUCAACUAAAAUCCUAUUUGCAUUUGUACUGAUUGUUCUUAUAAUAAUUGGAUUUAUAGCCUACUUAGAAUUACGUCAUAACAGAAGAAAUGAUGAUAAAAGGGAAAUUCUAUUUGGAAAUAACUACGACACAGGCACAUUUCCGAACUUAGGAAAUGGACAUCUUGUAGUCGAUAGAGAACAAUGGGGUACAUCGGAGCAAGCUAAAAACCUAACACAUCCUUUACGCCAUCCAAUUCCUUAUGUGAUGAUAACGCACGUUGGUGUGCAAUCAACUCCAUGCUUUACCAUUUACAAAUGUUCCAUAAAAAUGAGAACCCUUCAAGAUUCCUCAAUUGCCGAAAAAGGAUUGCCUGAUAUCUCUUCUAAUUUCUAUGUUGGUAACGAUGGAAACAUUUACGUUGGACGGGGCUGGGACUAUGCCAAUACAUAUGCCAAUAAUUCACUAUCAGUCACCUUCAUGGGUGAUUAUAUUCGUCAUAUUCCAGAUGAGAAACAAAUCGAUGCCGUAAGGUAUCUACUUGCAUAUGGAAUAACCAAUAAGCACUUGGCAAUCGAUUAUAAAUUGGUGGCACAAAAUCAGACAAAAUCAACACGAAGCCCUGGUUUAAAUGUUUAUAAGGAGAUAAUCAAAUUUCCACACUGGUAUCCAUGCGGAAUGGAUGGCAAUCCGGGUUGUGGAGUUGAACUUGGUAUGUCAGGGACUUGGAAUGGUACAAUGUAGAGAAACCUUGAUUAUACAAUGAGUUUAUUAUAUAAAUGUCAUUGAAUAAAUUUUAAACGUGAUUAUAAUUUGUAAAUAUUAGAAUAAGUUUUAAAAAAUAAUUGAAUGUAUUUUUUUUUUUUUU